AUGGGGUAAAUUAAUUUAUACAAUUAUGUGUAUAUGUGUACAACGUAGAAAAUUAAUUAGUUGCAAAUAAAUAUUGGGAAAUAACUAGAUGAUUUGUUCGUGUAAUUAAUAUUGAUUAAAUUUAAGAGUACAAAAAUAAUUAAUUUUAUCUUUAAUUUAUUCUUUAAACGAACGUAUUUAAUAUGAGUGACCUGACGGUUACAAAAGAAAUGUAUUAACAGAGUUAAAGUUAUUUUUCAACAAAGAUUAAAAACAAUUAACAAUAAAUUAAUAAUACAAUCAUGUAUUACAAUUACAACGUUUAAUCUGAAAAGAGCUUAAAUAUAGUUGCCCAAGGUUUAAUAUUCAACUAUCCCUCGAAAAGUCGAGUCUAUUUGGAAUAUAUUCUCAAUGACUGUUGCAUUUUGUUUAUAAUUUUCGUAAACAACAUUUAUUACGAUUAAAAAUGAUUUUUAUUUUUACCAACGUACAAAUUCUAAGACACAUGACAAAGAGAACUCCAAUAUUUUUGUUUCGUAAUAAAACUGACGAGGCAUGUGUUGCCAAUAAAUUAGAAGAUUUAAUAGAUUUGGACAAGGUAAUAUAUUCUUACAAAGAUCUUUGAUGGAAUAGAAUAGAAUUUUAUUUUAUUUUUCGUUGCCAGCCGAUCGAUAUGGAAAAUCCAUUUAAGAAAGAACGAAAAGUAUGUAUUUUAUGCAAAUUAAACAUUGAUCCAGAUUAUAAAAACAUACGUUUAUUAUCUCAAUUUCAAAGUCGUCAUACAGGUAGAAUUUAUGAGAAACAUAUAACUGGAUUAUGCGAUUAUAAACAAAAAAAAGUGGUGCAAGAAAUAAAAAAAGCACAACAGGCUGUCGCAAUGGAUAUUAGGCCAAAUAAUACUAUUUAUAUUAAUAAUUUAAAUGAAAAAAUAAAGAAGGAUGAACUAAAGAAAUCCUUGUAUGCAAUCUUUUCUCAAUUUGGUCAAAUAUUAGAUAUUGUAGCAUUAAAGACGUUAAAAAUGCGUGGACAAGCAUUUGUUAUUUUUAAGGAAAUUGCUAGUGCUACAAAUGCCUUAAGAUCAAUGCAAGGAUUUCCAUUUUACGAUAAACCAAUGAGGAUACAAUAUGCAAAAACUGACAGUGAUAUAAUUGCAAAAAUGAAAGGCACAUAUGCAGAAAGACCUAAAAAACCAAAACGUGUUGUACCUGCAGCUGAUGAAGAAGCUAAACGCGCUAAAAAACGUGCCAAAGAACAAGCUAAACAUUCACAACAAAUUGGUUAUCAUGCUGGUGUACCACAACACCCAGGUUUAGUUAAUACAGCUGUACCUGAACAGCCACCAAAUCAGAUAUUGUUCCUUACAAAUCUACCAGAUGAAACCAGUGAAAUGAUGUUAUCUAUGCUUUUCAAUCAAUUCCCUGGUUUUAAAGAAGUACGUUUAGUACCAAAUAGGCACGAUAUUGCAUUUGUUGAAUUCGAAAAUGAGGUUCAGUCUGGGGCUGCAAAAGAUGCUCUUCAAGGAUUUAAAAUCACACCCUCGCAUGCAAUGAAAAUUUCAUUUGCAAAAAAAUAAAGUAUAAAAUAUUACAUUUGUACGAAUGUAUUGUUAAGUAAUGGAAAAAUGUGUGCGUGUUAUAACAGGUCUUAUUUAGAUAUUCGUAAAAAUAUAUGCAAGUAUAAUUGAAGAUUUGUUGAAUAGGGAUUUAUAAAUGUAAGUUAAAAACAUGAUGCAUAGAUUCAAGAACUAUCUGUGUACAAAAUUUUAUGUAAUGUAAGCAUAUAAAUCAAACUUUACACUGUAAAUAGCAAUUAAAAAGAUGUAUUACAUUUUUUUAACAAUAUUUUGUUUACACGGAGAACUAUUUUUUUACUUGGCAUUAUAAUAAUUUAAACGAAAAACUAUAAGACCUUUUAAAAUAAAUUAAUUUCAAAAUUAUUUUAGUAAUUUAUAUACAUAUAUGAUAUAUCAUUUUCAAUUUUUAUUUUUUAAUUAACUUUAGUACAUUGAAAUAGAAAAG